AGAGCCCCCCUUCGUGGUGAUGCCCUGACGUCAUUGCCCGGGACCCCCUGACGUCACACCCCUCUGGCCACGCCCCGGUGGGCACCGCCCGGAGUGACACGGCUGGGACCGGCCCGGCGGAGGGACCCGAACCCGCCCGAGGGGACCCGAACCGGGAGGAGCCGAACCGCUCCGGAAACACCCGAACGGUCCCGAAACAACCGAACCGGGAGCGUCCCGCGCUAAUCAACCCGAACCGGGAGGAGCCGAACCGCUCCGGAAACACCCGAACGGUUCCGAAACAUCCGAACCGAGAGCGUCCCGCGUGAAUUGACCCAAACCCGCCCGAGGGAACCCAAACCCGCCCGAGGGAACCCCAACCCGCCUGAGGGACCCGAGCCGGGAGGAGCCGAACCGCUCCGGAGAGACCCGAACUUGUACUCGAAGGGGGACCCGAACACUCCCGGAGGGAUCCGAACCUGCCCGGGGGGCCCGAACGAGGACCCGAAGCUGUCCGGAGGGACCCGAACGUACCCGAGGGGACCCGAAUCCGCCUGAGGGGAGCCGAACCCGCCUGAGGGAAGCCGGACCCGCCUGAGGGAGCCCCGAACCAGGAGGGGCCGAACCGCUCCGGACGGACCCAAAACACCCGAACCGGCCCGGAGGGGACCCGAACCGGGACCGUCCCGUCUGGAAGGACCCGAACCGAACCCCCAAAACUCCUCCGGAACAACCCGAACCCACUCGGCCCCCGCGAUGCCCGCUCCGUGCCGCCCCCCGUCCCUCCUGCGCUGCGUCCAGGCCCUCAGCGCCCUCCUGGCCCUGGCUCUGGCCGCGGCCCCCGGCUACUGGAACCCGGGAGAGGGCGACGGCUGCUUGUCCGCCUGGGCCUUGUCCUUCGUCUUCACCACCCUCCUCCUCCUCAACGACGCCUUCCGCCGCCCUCCGCCGCGCCGCGACCUCCCGCUGGCCCUGGCUUGCGCCGCCGCCAUGGCUUGUGCCACCGCCACCAUCUUGUGGCCGCUGGGCCACCUCCGGGACACGAGGGCAGCACGGCCGCCCCGCGCCUCCCCGCGGCCGCCGCCACGGCCGCCGGCCGUCGCCACGCUGGCCUACGCCGCCGAGGUGGCCCGCGACCGGGCGCGACCCGGCGAGGCCGCCCCUUACCUGGCCACGCCCUCGGGGCUGCUCAAGGUGGCCGAGGCCUUCCUCGCCCUCCUCCUCCUCGGGCUGUCGGCCGAGCUGCACGCGGCGUCGGGGCCGGCGGCCUUGCGUUGGUGUCUGGGCAUCUUCUGCGUGUCCUUCGUGCUGGGGGUGCUGCUGGUCGGGGGGUGCCUGCUGGGCUGGGGGUGGUGCGGGUGGAUGAGGGACCCCGAGGGGCUGCGCUGGGGCUUGGGGGUCUAUGCGGGGCUAGGGGUGGUGGCCUACGGGGCGACCACGGUGCUGUGGUCGCUCUACAGCUUCUCGGACGACAUGGGGGGCCAGUCCCGGAGACCCUACGGCUGCCCGGCCACGUGUGCCUGGGACAGGAGGGUGCUGGUGGCCGUGCUCAGCGGCCUCAAUUUGGUGGCGUUCGGGGUGGAUUUGGGGCAGACGGGGAGGUUGGUGCUGUUGAGGGCCUGAGGGAGCACUCCAGGGUGAAUUGCGGGGGGAGGCAGAACCUUAAAGGGGGUCUGGGGUCUCCCACAGGUUGGGAUCAGGGCCUUUGUGGGGGUCUGGGUGAUUCCUGGGGUGGGAUCAGGCUCCCUAAGGAUCCUUCUGUGGGGGUGGUUUGAGGCCCUAAGAGGGACCUUGGGGGGGAUUGGGAUCCUGAUGGGAGUUUGGGGUCACCCCAGGGUGGGAUCCAGCCCCUAAUGGGGGUCUGGGGGUCUCCCCAGGGUGGGAUCCAGCUUCUCUGGGGGUCUGGAGUCCUCUCCUGUGGUGGGAUUGGGAUCCUGAUGGGGGUCUGGGGUCACCCCAGGGUGGGAUCUGGCCUCUCUGGGGGUUUGGGGUCACCCCAGGGUGGGAUCCAGCUUCUCUGGGGGUCUGGGGUCAUCCCAGGGUGGGAUUGGGGUGCUAUGGAGGCCUGGGGUCUCCCCGUGGGGUGAGAUCAAGCCCCUACUGGGAGUCCUGGGUCCUUUUUGGGGCAGAAUCCGGCCCUUUCCAGGGUCAGGGUCCCCUCUGGGGAGAUAAUGGAACCCUAAUGGGGAUCCGGGUUCCUCUGUGGGGUGGGAUCCAGCCUCUGUGGGGGUCUGGGGUCCCACCAGGGUGGGAUCGGGUGCCUGAACGGGUUCUGGAUCCUCUCUGGGGCAGGAUCUGGUGCUUGGGGGGGGUCUGGGAUCAAGUGCCUGAGGGAUCCUUCCUGGAGGGAUG